AUGGUACGUACAUCUCCAUUUUACAGCAAAUACCACAAAUGUUGUACUUUUUAAUAAAUUAAAAUACUAUCAGCAAAUCGCGUGUCAGUUAAUUUUUGCUAUUCAUCGCGUUUAUCCAUCAAUUACACAAUGACUAAUGUGAAUAAUGAAGAUUUGGGUUUAUAAUAUGGAUCCUAAAGCUAUAUGAAAAGAUAAAAUUCAGUUUUUCACAAAGAAAGGAAAAUCUCUUUAGCUAUAAGACUUAUGCGACUUGUGUUUCUUCCUUUGUACAAUUUAAUCAUCUAGUAAUCACUAACGCGAGCAGCUGUCUGAACUAUUUUGGCAUGAAGUAGUCGUGCAGUUCCAUAUAUAGCACAAUCUGAUAAAGUUUUAAUUUGUGGAGACUCUUGUUGUAACUACAUAUUAGCUGAUUAUGAUUUAUAUCACGAGUCGUUUUCUUUCAUAUAGGCAGGUAAAUUUACGGAUCAGGAAUUGUUAGGUAAGUUACAAUACUACUCAACAUAUAUAUAUAUAUAUUUGGCUGGCAGAAAGUCCAUUUAUUUCGUUUAGAAUUUUAGAUAAAAAAAAUCCGAAUACGGCCACUAGUUUAUCAAUUUUACUUUAUUACUGCAUGUCAAAGUGUUACCCUCUUUACCAAAGUGUUUUGGCUUGCUAUUAAAUCUUUCUUCAAAAGAGAAAGCGAAAGGAAAUUGCGACUGUCAAGGAGCUUGUCUGUCAAAAAUCCUGCUCCUAUUAAACUUUAAGUUCAUUUUUCUCACCAAAUAUUCACGUAAUUUUCUGAAUUAUUGAAGAAACAAGCGUUUUCAUCAAGACCAAUCACAAGAUAUAUACAACAUUCGCAUCCUUGUAGUAUUCAUAUGUAUAGCCUUCGGCUCGUCAGAGCUGCGCAAUCAUAUAUUCUAUUCUAGAAUACUGGCAAGCGUUCAGUGUGUUUGAUGAGGAUGGAGAUGGGACGAUAUCAACAGAAGAAUUGGGAAAUGUUAUGAAAUCACUUGGGCAAAAUCUCACGCAGGAACAAGUACAGACAAUGAUCAAAGAAAUUGAUGCUGAUGGUAUGUUUGACAUGCUCCAGCUAUAUUAAGCACCAAGCGAGAUCAGCUGGUUUACCAAAACGGUUUGUGUAUGUGCCAGUGGUAUGUGCAUAGAGAAUGGUCAGAGAUGAUACUCCUCUUCAUCAAUAUACUAGGGAGAUACUAAGCAUCAUGGGGCGAGCCAGAGCAUUGAGAGCAAUGAUAGCCAGCAACUAUCAUGCAACAAUGAUUACUAAUGUCAACCUUUCUUGUUUCCGCACUUUAAUUAAUUAAACUAUCAUUGGCAUUGCAAUGUAGUGUCGAAAUUUCAAAGGCAAAACUCGUAGUAUUAUAAAUAUUGGGAAUUGUAGUAUAUCUAGCCGUGUAUUAUAUUUGAUAUUUUGUUCAAAGGCAAAACUCGUAGUAUUAAUGUUGGGAAUUGUAUUUCUAUCCAUGUAUAAGGCCUCGUUCUAAACGUCGCAUUUUCGUGUGCCGAAUGCAUUCAAAACAAUAGACAAUCAGCUGAAAUGCCUCAUUAUCCAUUGUUUUGAAUGCAUUCGGCGCGUGGAAAAUGCGACGUUUAGAACGGGCUUUAUAUUUGAUAUUUUGUUAAAACAUUAAACACGUUAUUGAAAUCACAAUCUUUUCAAUCUGUCAUGCAUGAAAUAUAAAAUAAUAUAGAAAUGGUUGAAUGCAUGGUUUUUGGCAAGCGCGCUAAAAAUAGCAGAUGCAUACAUGCACUGCAUGUAAACAAAACAUUUACGUACAGAGAGCCAGAUUGCAAAACCUUGCAAAUAAGGUCUUUUUUCAUAGUCUUAUAGAGAAAAAUAACAGAAUUACAGAAUAUUCAGCCCAAAUGACAAAUCAAAUCGGGCUUUGUAUCAGAAUUUGAACCGCAACUCACUCGAGUAAAGUAAACUGCAAAUAAUACUGACCAUAACUAAAAUUUUGAUCUAGACAAAAAUUUCAUCACAGCUUGAAAGAGCAUCACAACAUUAGUAAUAUUCCAAAGUUUCGUUACGAAAUGUUGUAAAAUGUGGAUAAUAUAUAGCCUUGCGAAGUUUACAAUUUUCAGUCAUUUUAGAUUACAAACGGCAAAUUGAUACCCAAAUCGGGUGUUUGGGUAUCAAUUUCCCGUUAAUCUAAAACGACUGAAAAUUGCAAACUUCGCAAGGCUAUAUUAUCCGCAUUUUACAACAUUGGCAUGAAGAAUAUAUUUUAUCGCAUGUCGCAUGAAAAAUUGUCAGCCGGUGAGAGGCGAAAGGCCCGUAAAAUUUACUGUAAAUCACUGUAUAAAGACUGAAAGUUCUCAAAAUAGCCGGUGCGAGGCGAAAAGCCGGUAGGAUUUAAAUCACUGUAGGAAAAGUUCCGUGUACGUACGCACCGUACGUACAACGAACGAACGAACGAACGAACGUGCGGGUGUGCAUUGCGCUUGAGCUCGAUGAGCCACCAAACUGUGGGGCUCGCUCAGGCUCGCUCCAAUUAAUUUUUCUAUGCAUGAUGUAUCAUGUUUCUUUCGAUUUUAUGAUUUUGGAGGAAGAGUCGACGGCCCAUCAUGUCUCACGUGGGCAGGAUAGACAUUCCAUGAAGUGGUGUCACCCACAACCCAAAUAAACUUGAACUACAUCGUACUACAACUAUUGAACGGAGUCAGCAAAAUUAUUGUUCUCGUUGUAGCUAGAAAGUGGUGGGGUUCCUUAAUAUGGUAGAUAUGUUGACAUUUUACCAUGACAUGGUGGUUCGUGUAUCUCACAUCUUGAGGUCUCGUCAUUUCGAAACGUUGCUCAUAAUUUUGUUUCAAUCGCAAGUGAAGAGUGUUUGUAGUUUGACUGUACGGAAACACGAUACAUCAAAUGCACCAAUAGUGAGUGGUCGUCGCUGCAGUAAUACCACAAGUAUUUCCUGGUACUUCCUGCACUAGUAAUAAGAAUGACCAACAGUCCACCAGUUGUAAUCAUGUAGUUUCAGUUUAUCGAAGGGUUAUUGUAGUUGGAAAUUUCUUUAAAAUGCAAUUUUGACUCCUUGUUUCUUUGAUUCCACUCUUUAAAAUGCAAUUUUGACUCCUUGUUUCUUUGAUUCCACUGACCUGCAAAGCUCAACUGGAUUUAAUCAUUUCCAGGUAAUGGUACAGUUGAUUUCAAUGAAUUUCUCUCGCUCAUUGUACCAACACAGACAGAGACCCCUCAAAGCGACCUGCUUCAAGCGUUCAAAGCGUUUGACGUGAACGGGGAUGGGUAUAUAAGCAAAGAAGAACUGAAGGAAGGGCUACAAAUUCUUGGCGAGGCCAUUACAGAUGAAGAACUUAAUGAAUUGAUUCGACAAAUCGAUCAUGAUAAUGAUGGACAAAUCCAUUAUUCAGGUAUGAACUAA